GCAGCAACAGCACCGCAACCUUGCGUCAAAUUCGGCUAAAGCUAAACCGCCAUAAGAGAGCCACGUUCAUUGGUAGCUUGCCAGCCCUGUGGACUGGUUUAUUCUUGGGGCGUCCACAUGUUCGAUUACGCGAUCCUCCACAGUGCUGCUCGAUGUUGGAGGAAUCAGCUUGACUCUCAUGUAUACGUCUUUCAAUCCUGCAUCCACAAUUAGUACGCAGAGGUUAGCGGGGACAUUGUGAUUGUUAAUUUCCCUGGGAGUUGUCUACCUCAAAAAAGGAUGGACCUGAAUUUUUAUUCGGAUUUAUCUGGCGGAACCGGGCAGCACGAUGGUGAUCCAGAGUUCUUGGACCCGCAGACCUACAACGGAUUUGACUCUGACAACAAGUUCCCGGGAGGCAGUGACAACUACCUGACUAUUUCAGGGUCAGGCCACCCCUUCCUCGCUCCAUCAGAAACGUUCCACACUCCCAGUCUGGGCGAUGAGGAGUUUGAAAUCCCGCCCAUCUCCCUGGACCCUGAUUCGGCACUUACCGUCUCCGAUGUGGUGUCUCACUUCGGGGAGCUGUCAGACACCAGCACUUCCGACAGUGUGGUGGUGCCCAGGAACGCUGUGGUGGAAGGUGACGACCCGUCCUUCGCAUCAACUUUCGUCCACCCACCCUCGCAGGGGCUGGAGCACCUCAGUCUUGGGGUCAUCAACCAAUCUGGAGGCGCUCUACUGGGGUCGUCGCUGGGCAUGGAUCUGGGCCAUCCCAUCGGGUCCCAGUUCAGCAGCUCGUCGCCGGUCACGAUCGAUGUUCCGCUUGGAGACAUGAGUCAAAGCCUGCUGGGCUCCAACCAGCUAACCACCAUCGACCAGUCGGAGCUCAGCGCUCAACUUGGGCUUGGCUUGGGUGCAGGGAAUAUUCUUCAGCGCCCUGAGUCGCCGGAGAAUCGUCUGUCGGCUACGGCGUCACCCACCAGCUCGCUGCAGGAUGAUGACAUGGACGACUUCAGAAGGAGCAUCCUGGUGGAGUCCCCCAUCACUCCGGCCUACUCUGCCGGGGUCAUGUCCCUUGACCCCACUCUGGCCGAUGCACCAUUGUCUGCCCCGUCUGCUGGCAUCUCUACAGCCAUCGGCCGGAAAGGAGGCGGUGCUGGAAAGAGGGGAAGGAAAAAGAAGGAGGAAAAGAAAGACCCCAAUGAGCCGCAGAAGCCCGUGUCGGCAUACGCUCUUUUCUUCAGUGACACUCAGGCGGCCAUCAAGGGACAAAACCCCAACGCCACGUUUGGGGAAGUGUCCAAGAUAGUGGCAUCCAUGUGGGACAGCCUCGGGGAGGAGCAGAAGCAAGUUUACAAGAGGAAAAAUGAACUUGCCAAGAAGGAUUACUUGAAAGCACUUGCGGCAUACAGAGCCGGUCUAAAUUCUCAGGCUCCCAUUGAAGUAUUGGACUCAAAACCUUCGCCACCCCGUCGAGCCGCUCCAGCAACUGCUGUUGCCGCCCGUCCCACAAGGGCCCAGCACUACAACCCCGAGGAGAACACUAUCACCAACAUCUGCACCUCCAACAUCAUCCUAGACCUGCCUCAGGUCACUACGCGGUCCCGCACAGGCGCGAUCAAACCACAACCUCCACCUGCCGCCGUAGCUACCCCCAGCCCUCCCACUGUCACCAAGAUCAUCAUCAAGCAGUUGCAGCUGCCCUCCGGUGCCGUCUCUGUCACGGCGAUGCCUGCCUCGUCGCCGCGCCAACCGCCACCACUGCAGCAGAUGCAGAACACCCCCCCACCGCCGCGGCUGCAGCAGAUGCUGCACGCCCAGGCUCCGCCCCCACUACAGGCUAAACCUCGAGGAGGGGGCGCUGCCGCCGCCAUGGCUCCUCCUCCCCUGCAGAUCAAAGUAGUCCCGGCGGCUCGCCAAUUAGAUUCUUGCGAGCCGAUAAUUGUGACGUCGGUGACCAAAACGUCAGAUGUGGCGAUGGAGGUGGGAGAUUUAGCUGCCAUGGGGACAAAAGUAGAAGUGGUGGAAGCGGAGGAGGGGAUGCAGGUGGAGGUGAACGUUGCGCCCAGACCUUCCGUCACGACAGCCGCCCAUCCAAAUAUUUGUGUACGCGCCGGCUGCACCAACCCGGCAGUGGAGAGCAAAGACUGGGACAAAGAGUACUGCAGCAACGAGUGUGUUGCCACACACUGCAGGGACGUUUUCACAGCCUGGUGUGCCAUCCGAGGCCGUAACUUCACCACUGUCACAUAGUGUGACCCAGGAACGGCGUGAGUGAGUGAGUGAGUGAGUGAGUGAGUGAGUGAGUGAGUGAGUGAGUGAGUGAGUGAGUGAGUGAGUGAGUGAGUGAGUGAGUGAGUGAGUGAGUGAGUGAGUGAGUGAGUGAGUGAGUGAGUGAGUGAGUGAGUGAGUAAGUGAGUGAGUAAGUAAGUAAGUGAGUGAGUGAGUGAGUGAGUGAGUGGCCAGAUGAGGCUCAGGAAUCGGUACAUGUGAGUUUUAUCUCAGUAGAUGGGGAGGAACUCGACACUGCUGCUUUACUCUCUCUCUAGCAGGAAGGAGGGAUAUACAUCCAACAAAUGUUUAAAAAAGAAAAAAAGACAUUUUAUAAAGACAAUGUUUUUUAAUGAACUUGAAGAAACAUCCAGGAGGAAAAGGUGUUCCAGGGGUUUUUUUUACAGCUCAUUUCAAGGAUUUUGCUGUAUUACAGUGGGUGUGGUGUGCUCUUGUGAAAAGAUGUUUUGCAGUAAACAACAGCUCCUUGGCGUGAAACAUGAAGCAUCACCCCGGGUUUUCACAAGAUGCAUAACGGCUGCUGAACGGCUCCAGAUAUUUUCCGUUUGUCUUCUAACCAAUGUGUCAGUUGUCACCGCUGGUGGGCGCUCUGUGUACAGGUCGGAUAUUCCGAAGCCCAACGCUAGAUAUAUGCAGCGCUUCUAAUUUUGCUGGUCGCCGCAGCGCGGCUGAUCAAUUUAGCAAAAACGGAACAAAAACUCAUUUACAAAACAAAAUAAAUGACCCGGUUUACUUUCAAAAUAAAAGUACUAAGUGUUCAAGGCAGUUGGUAUCUUACACCUUGAAACAACCUAAUGGGCGGGGUUGGACUUGAAGUCAACUUGUGAAAGGUUUUUUAGACGUUAUUUCAACCUGUUGACACAAUGGAUGAGGAAGGACAUGUUGAUUCUGGAGGACCAAAAUCAAACAAUCAUUACAGGUGUUGCCUGUACAGCUAUUUAGGGGUCUGUGUCAACUCUGACCUGCCAUGAGGCGGGAGAAGCAUGGGAGGGGUUAGUGAAAGGAGGACCAAAAUCAAAGAAUCAUUACAGGUGUUGCCUGUGCAGCUAUUUAGGGGCCUGUGUCAACUCUGACCUGCCAUGAGGCGUGGUUAGUGAAAGUUUGAAGUGUGUGUAAUAACUCGCCAGAGAUAGUGCUGCUGCUGUUGUUGCUUGCUACAAAUACAAAAAUAAUGUAGUCGUUUUGCAAAGCAAAACUAUUGUCUUUUCCACAAGUGCCGUCUCGCACGGCAAAGCUGGAAAUAUUCUGCGGUGUUGCAGUUCAGCAGCCAUUACCUAUCUUGUGGAAAUCCGGGGUGACUUGAAUAUUUUUGUGUGUCAUCUGCAUGGACACAUUUUUUCUUAAUUCAAGACAAAAUGCAAAUUUGUCUCACUUUGGAAAACAAAAAUAGCUUCAUUUAUUGUGUAAAUCAGUGGACCCUAACCACCAGUCCGGGGGCCGGUAUAAAUUAAAUAAUUUAAAAAUGACCGUCUUUCCCAUUUACCAACCAAUAAGCUUGUUGAUAGAUGCUUAAUAAAACUUCUGAUAGGAAGUUGCCAUUUGUUAUAUCUUUGUUACAUGAAACAAUGCACAUUAAUAAACAUAUGAAAUGUAAAUGUGCCAGAUUGUAGCCAAAAGCUAAUAUCUAUCUGCAGUCCCCAGCAGGUUGAUGGUAUGCACUGUGUGGCAUCAACCGCCCAGGGUCCAUUUCAUUGGAAAGAAACAAGCCCAGGGCUCCUACUAAUUCAGCAUUAUGGUGAUUUGUGUUAGCUGAAUUUAUCUGCCAAACGUGGAAAAAAUGCCGACAUUAAACUGGACACUGGUGCAAAAAACGUUGGAGACCUGUGGUUUAAACACGUGUGUAGGUUUUGUUUCUCAAGGGGGGUGCUUCAAGGACAAAGCAACACUCUGAAAAUUGGUGCUAAGAUUCAGGAAAGACAAAAAACUGGUUCACUUUCCACUGGCUGUGAGAGUGUUCCCACUUGGAUUAUUUUUGUACAACUGAUGCAUAUUCAGUGUCACGUGGACCACCUGAGAUGUACAACAAUCCAAAAACUACAUCAGACCUGUUGACACUACUGGAACAAAGUACCGUACUUGUCCUUUUUAAAAUGAAAAUGAUACAUUAAUAAUGGGACACUUUGUGCUGAUGGACAUGGGCAGGAAGGAUGGACUGCUUCACUAAAACCUGCAAGUGUUUACAAUCGUGAAAUAAAAUGUUUUAAUACAG